AUGUCCAGAACGAGACCCACGACCGAAUCGGCGGGAAUGGGCAUAUGUCUUCUCUUGGGGGUUCGGCCUUCGAUCCGUUCUUCUGGUAGCAUCACUUGGAGGCAUUUACCACCAGUCUUCAUGGCACUGCACCCUGUGCCAUACGCCACCUUCAACGCCCCGGAUGGCGAGUCCCAGACCAGAGACACGCCCCUUGGCGGAUCCUUCCGCAUCCUUAUCUUCCUCGCCAACACCCCGCCACCACCAUCACCACCCAUGAUAGCAGUAGCGGCUUCCAAACUGCGUUGGCCCGUGCUCGGACGAGCAGGUGGGCGGGCCGCACAUAAUAGUAGUAGUGGUGAUGGUGGCGGCGAAGCGACGCGGUGCGGGCGGUGCAGGACACACGCGGCGCGGGCGCUGAUGGUGUCGGGGACGGUGCCGUUGACGGCGGCGUUGUUGGGACGGGGGGUUGGUGGUGAUGGCGAUGGGGGUGGGAGUGGGGUGGUGGGUUGGAGGCGGCGGGGGUGGUGCCGUAUUUGA